AUGGACUCGUUAUUCAACUCAACUAAUACUAACCCGCGUGGUAUUCCGGAGGCUCCGUUUGUAGAGAAAGUGGAAGAUUUCAUCAAAGAUCCCAAUGACUUCGACCUGUGCUUCAACAAGUUCCAAGAGAGAUUGUCGAAAUACAAGUACAUGCAAGAAUCAAAGGUGGUGACGGUAAAACAAUUGAAACAAAAGAUUCCGGAUAUCGAGAACACUUUGAGUAUGUGCCGUGCGUUGGAAACUAAGAAGGAAAAUGGCUCAAACUUGGAGACCAAUUAUCAGCUUAACGAGACGCUCUACACUACAGCUGAGAUAGAUACGUCGAAGGCCCUGGAGGUUGGGCUAUGGCUUGGGGCAGAUGUUAUGUUAGAGUAUCCAAUAGACGAAGCCAUAGAGCUACUUAGCGGGAAACUGGGUGACGCAAAGAAAACACUAGAAACAAAUCAGGAAGACGUGGAGUUUCUGAGAGAAAAUAUUACCACUAUGGAGGUCAAUUGCGCAAGGCUUUACAACUGGGACGUAGAGAAGCGUCAAGAACUCAAACGCGCACAGCAAGGAACUGAGAAAUUGAAAAUAUAG